UCGGGACGUUCCGCAUGGUCCUCCAGAAGGUGGUGGAAGAGGCGCAGCUGGAAGUGACGGACACUCUCAUCGAUGACAACAAUUCAGCAAUCAGAACCAGCGUCAGCAUCGAGCUCAGGUAUCAGACCAUGGACGGUUCCGUGGGCGCCUGGAACGAUGGAGAGUUUUUGGGCAACACAAACGUGCAGUGCGAGAUGGACAUUAACUACCAGUUAGAGACGGACAGUUUGCUCUCCGGUCAUAGCCAAAAUUCUGCCACAUCACCAGGCCGACAGCACCAAAGUCUGCUCUCUGGGGAGAGGACCUUCCGAAGAGUUGGUAAAGGAGUAUUUUCUGCCAUGAAGCUCGGCAAGAACCGUCCGCCCAAAGAUGACGGCAGGAAAGAUGAGCCGGCCAUCUUGGAGACAGAAGACCUGGACAGGAAGGCGAUGCGGCUGGGAGGUGGACUGGACCCAGACACUAUAUCUCUUGCCUCUGUCACGGCCCUCACAACUAAUGUCUCCAACAAAAGGUCUAAGCCUGACAUCAAAAUGGAGCCCAGUGCUGGGAGGCCAAUGGAUUACCAAGUUAGCAUUACAGUCAUCGAGGCGCGGCAGCUGGUGGGAUUAAACAUGGAUCCCGUGGUUUGCGUUGAGGUUGGAGAUGAGAAGAAGUACACCUCCAUGAAAGAGUCCACCAACUGCCCGUACUACAAUGAGUACUUUGUAUUUGAUUUCCACGUGCCUCCGGACGUGAUGUUUGACAAAAUCAUCAAAGUGUCAGUCAUCCACUCCAAGAAUCUCCUGCGUAGCGGCACAUUGGUCGGCUCCUUCAAGCUGGAUGUGGGGACGGUCUAUACACAACCCGAACAUCAGUUCUACCACAAAUGGGCCAUUCUAUCUGAUCCCGAUGACAUCACGGCCGGGGUCAAAGGUUACCUGAAAUGCGACGUCGCUGUCGUUGGGAAAGGGGACAAUAUCAAGACGCCGCACAAAGCUAACGAGACUGAUGACGAUGACAUUGAAGGGAACCUGCUGCUACCAGAUGGAGUACCUUCAGAGCGCCAGUGGGCUCGCUUCUACGUUAAGAUCUUCCGCGCUGAGGGUCUACCCAGGAUGAACACCAGUAUCAUGGCCAACGUUAAGAAGGCGCUCAUCGGGGAAAACAAGGACUUGGUGGAUCCCUACGUCCAAGUCACAUUUGCCGGGCAAAAGGGAAAGACGUCUGUACAGAAGAGCAGCUACGAGCCCAUGUGGAACGAGCAGAUUAUAUUCACGGAGAUGUUCCCACCAUUGUGUAAGAGGAUGAAGAUACAGAUCCGAGAUUCUGACAAAGUCAACGAUGUCGCCAUCGGAACCCACUUCAUAGACCUGCGCAAAAUCUCCAACGAAGGCGACAAAGGUUUCCUCCCAACCCUGGGUCCAGCUUGGGUCAACAUGUACGGCUCCACACGGAACUACACGCUGAUGGAUGAGCACCAAGAUCUGAAUGAGGGGCUCGGAGAGGGGGUCUCAUUUCGGGCCCGGCUGCUGUUGAGUCUUGCUGUGGAGAUUUUAGACACAACUUCUCCUGAGCUCACGAGCUCCACCGAUGUGCAAGUGGAAGGAGCGCCCCCAGUGGCUGAUAACUGUACUGGGAAGAUGGAGGAAUUCUUCCUCUUUGGAGCUUUCCUGGAGGCCACCAUGAUUGAUCGCAGGAGCGGAGAAAAACCCAUCAACUUCGAGGUUACAAUAGGAAACUAUGGGAACCAAGUUGAUGGGACGACCCGGCCAGGUCUACGGAAAAAAAAGGAAGGAGGCGACGGGGUGGAGGAAGAGACGGAACUCCUUCAGAACUCCAGUGAGGAUGAAGCAGACGAUGAUGGGGAAAUGCAGUCUGUCUCCUGCACGCCAACAAUGAAACCCUUUAUAACAGACAGGAACUACUUCCACCUCCCGUACUUUGACAGGAAGCCAUGCAUCUAUAUUAAGAGCUGGUGGCAGGACCAGAGGAGGAGACUCUACAAUGCCAACAUCAUGGACAAGAUUGCAGACAAGCUGGAGGAAGGGUUGAAUGACGUCCAUGAGAUGAUAAAAACAGAGAAGUCAUAUCCAGAGAGGAGGCUGCGGGGGGUGCUGGAAGAGCUGAGCAGCGCCUGCUUUCGUUUUGUCACGCUGGCCAACAAGGAUCAGAAUCAGAAUGGUCGGACUAAACUGGACCGCGAGAGAUUAAAAUCCUGUAUGCGAGAGCUGGAGAACAUGGGGACACAAGCCAAGACGAUGAGGUCUCAGGUGAAGAAGAACACCAUAAAAGAUAAACUGAAACUGGUCCAGAACUUCCUUCAGAAACUGCGAUUCCUGGCUGAUGAGCCACAGCACAGUAUCCCAGAUGUCUUCAUCUGGAUGAUGAGUAAUAAUAAGCGCAUCGCCUACGCCCGCUUACCCUCAAAGGAUAUCUUGUAUUCCAUUGUGGAUGAGGAGACUGGAAAGGAUUGUGGGAAGGUGAAGGCUGUCUUCCUUAAGCUACCUGGAAAGAGGGGUUUUGGCCCUGCUGGUUGGACUGUACAGGCCAAGAUGGAAGUCUACAUGUGGCUGGGCCUUACCAAGCAGCGGAAGGACUUUCUGAGUGGUCUUCCUUGUGGGUUUGAGGAGAUUAAAGCCGCGAAGGGCCCGGGCCUACAGUGCUUCCCUCCUAUCAGCCUCAGCUAUACAAAGAAACAAGUAUUCCAGCUGCGUGCACACAUGUACCAAGCACGCAGCCUGUUUGCAGCAGAUAGCAGCGGUCUUUCCGAUCCCUUCGCCCGAGUCUUCUUCAACACCCAGAGUCAGUGCACAGAGGUGCUGAAUGAGACUCUGUGCCCGACAUGGGACCAGUUGCUGGUUUUUGACAAUGUGGAGCUUUACGGAGAAGCCUGUGAGAUGCGUGAUGACCCUCCCAUCAUUGUCAUUGAGAUCUAUGACCAGGAUACCGUGGGAAAGGCGGACUUCAUGGGCCGGACGUUUGCAAAGCCAGUGGUGAAAAUGGCUGAUGAGGGAUACUGUCCACCGAGGUUCCCACCACAGCUAGAGUAUUACCAGAUAUACCGUGGGAACUCCACCGCGGGGGACCUUCUGGCUGCCUUCGAGCUCCUCCAGAUUGGCCCAUCUGGAAAAUCUGAUCUUCCGCCUAUUGAUGGUCCAACAGACAUGGAGAGAGGACCCAUCCUUCCAGUCCCAAUGGGCAUCCGGCCUGUUCUCAGUAAAUACAGAGUUGAGAUCCUCUUCUGGGGACUGAGGGACCUGAAGAGAGUGAAUCUUGCCCAGGUGGACAGGCCGAGGGUGGACAUUGAGUGUGCGGGGAAAGGAGUCCAGUCCGCCCUCAUCCAGAACUACAAGAAGAAUCCGAACUUCAGCACUUUGGUGAAAUGGUUUGAAGUGGAUCUCCCGGAAAAUGAGCUGCUUCACCCUCCUUUGAAUGUUCGUGUGGUGGAUUGCCGUGCCUUUGGCAGAUAUACCCUGGUGGGCUCCCAUGCUGUCAGCUCACUGCGUAAAUUCAUCUACCGCCCCCCGGACAAGAAGUCUCAGCAGUGGAGCACCUCCGCUAAAUUGAUGAAUGGCAUUAUGGCACUGGCCAACGGAGGGCCCUACUCUCGCCCCACAGGUGAAAUUGUCGUCAAUAUGGAGCCUGAGGUGCCCAUUAAGAAGAUGGAGACCAUGGUCAAGCUAGAGGCGAGUGAGGAGGAGAAAGAAAAGAAGAAGAAAAAGAAGAAAGGGGACGAGAUUGAAGAAGAGGAGCCAGAUGAGAGCAUGCUGGACUGGUGGUCCAAGUACUUUGCUUCUAUUGAGACACUGAAAGAGCAACUCCGUCAGCAAGAAGCCGCAGCGGCAGAAGCCGAGGAGAAGGAGGAGAUGGAAAUCGCAGAGGGCGCCAAGGGUCAGGUGAAGAACAAAGAAAAAGUCAAAGCGCCCAAAGAGGACAAGAAAAAGAAGCACCUAGCCGAGCAAGCGGAGAAGAAGAACAAGCAGAAGAUUGAUGAGUUAAAGGUCUUCAACAAAGAGCUAGAAACUGAAUUUGAGAAUUUUGAAGACUGGCUGCACACAUUCAACUUACUAAGAGGGAAGAUCGGGGAUGAUGAUGACACAGUCAGCGAGGAGGAGCGGAUAGUGGGAAGGUUUAAAGGUUCUAUGUGUGUGUACAAGGUUCCACUACCCGAUGAUGUCACCAAAGAAUCCGGCUACGACCCCAACUUUGGCACGUUCCAAGGAAUUCCCAGUAAUGACCCUAUGAAUGUGCUGGUGCGGGUCUACGUUGUGAGGGCUACAGAUUUACAUCCCGCUGACAUCAAUGGGAAAGCUGAUCCUUACGUGGUUAUUAAACUGGGCAAGACUGAGAUCAAAGACAAAGAGAACUACAUCUCCAAACAACUAAACCCUGUCUUUGGAAAAUCAUUUGACAUUGAGGCCACAUUCCCCAUGGAGUCCAUGCUAACAGUGGCGGUUUAUGACUGGGACUUGGUGGGGACUGAUGACUUGAUUGGAGAGACCAAGAUCGAUCUGGAGAACCGUUAUUACAGCAAGCACAGAGCAAUGUGCGGGAUAUCACAGACAUACGCCACACAUGGAUAUAAUAUGUGGAGAGAUCCCAUGAAGCCCACCCAGAUCUUGUCCAAACUCUGCAAAGAAGGGAAAAUCGACGGCCCCCACUAUGGCCCCGGAGGACGAGUCAAAGUUCUAAAUCGCGUCUUCACCGGGCCCACUGAGAUCGAAGAUGAAAACGGUCAGAAGAAACAGACAGACGAACAUUUGGCCCUUUCAGUUCUUCACCAUUGGGAGGAGAUCCCGCGAGUUGGCUGUCGGUUGAUCCCGGAACACGUAGAGACGCGACCCCUGUUAAAUCCAGACAAGCCAGGAAUUGAACAGGGUCGUUUAGAAAUGUGGGUGGAUAUGUUCCCCAUGGACAUGCCAGCUCCAGGUCCCGCCAUCGAUAUCUCUCCAAGGAAACCAAAAAGAUACGAGCUUAGAGUGAUAAUUUGGAAUACCGAUGAGGUAAUCCUGGAAGAUGAUGAUUACUUCACAGGAGAAAAGUCUAGUGACAUUUUUGUCAGGGGGUGGCUGAAGGGACAACAGGAGGACAAGCAAGACACGGACGUCCACUAUCACUCCCUUACCGGUGAGGGCAACUUUAACUGGAGGUUUAUGUUCCCAUUUGAUUAUCUGAUGGCCGAAGAGAAGAUUGUCAUCUCCAAGAAGGAGUCCAUGUUCUCCUGGGACGAGACGGAGUACAAGAUACCGGCACGCCUCACUCUACAGGUCUGGGACGCCGACCACUUCUCUGCUGAUGACUUCCUGGGGGCCAUCGAGUUGGACUUGAACCGUUUCCCUCGAGGGGCAAAGACGGCGAAGCAAUGCUCCAUAGACAUGGUGGCACCCGAGGUGGAUUUGCCAAUGGUCUCUAUCUUCAAACAGAAGAGGGUGAAAGGAUGGUGGCCCUUCGUUGCCCGGAAUGAAAACGAUGAACUUGAACUCACU